AUGUCUUGUUCAAAAAUUUGUCUUGACGAAGUAAUUCGUUUUACAUCACGCACAGCUGGACGUGAUAAAAUCUAUCGUACCGUUCAAUAUGCAUCACGUUUUCUUGCAUGGUAUUAUAUAAAGAAACGGCGUGUCGUAAAUGGUGAACGACUUGUCGAAAUAUUUCAAAACUUAGAAUCAGUCAUGAGUUUAACUCGAAAAGGUAUGCGUCUGGGACGUUUUGUUGAUUAUGUAAACAGUGUCCUGGACAGUUUUCAUAUAAGAAAUAAACGUAUUGGAACAUUGUUUGGUUUAAUUGCUGUUUGUCAAGGAUUAUUUAUGUUAUUUGACAAUCUUCUAUUACUUCAUCGUUUUAAAAUUAUCUAUUUAAAUUAUCCACAACGCUUACAACAAUAUCUCAAUCAAGUAUGGCUGCUCUGGUUGUCAUUAGCAUUAACACGUGAUUAUUAUGAAAUACAAGCAUCGUUUGCUGUUGGACAGCAUCAUCAAUUUCAACAAAAACACGAUACAUCAUUAAUAAGACGUGCACAUAUCUUUUGGGCCAAUAGACCAUUAGUUAUUGAUACGGUUAAAAACUUAUGUGAUCUUUAUAUUCCAUUGUCGAACCUGAGUAUUGUUCAUUUGCAUAGUGGUUUACAAGGUUUUGCUGGAACGAUUUCAUCGGUUUUAGGUUUAUUACAAUUAUGGGAUAAAAGUUAUCAACUACUGGCAUAA